AUGGCUAAAUUCGUGCUGUUCCUCUUUGCCAUCCUAGCCGUUGCUGGGGGAUUGCCCACAGAAUUCGAGUCCGGUGAUCAGGCCGAGUGUUUCUACCCGAUUGAUGCUGACACUAUCUACCCAACGGCCAAGCUCAAAGCCAAGCUAGGCGGACAGAUCCUUCAAGUGAGGGACGUCUUCGAGAACAUCCUCGCCGCUUCUCAAGCCCAAACAGAAUAUCGUCUUUUGGAGGAGCAAAGUGGAAAAGAAUUGAACGAUGACAAGAAAUUGCACCAAAUAUCAGCCGGAGCGAGCGAAUUUCGCGAAGAUGUGGCCCUUCUUCGUGCUUUUGCAAUUUUAGCCGUUCUCGCGUAUCAUCAUUGGCCUUCUAUUUUCCCAUUGGGAUUUAUUGGAGUUGAUAUAUUUUUCGUACUAUCCGGGUUCUUGAUGUUUCGAAUUCUAGAAUCGGCAAGUAAUCGAUUUGAUCGUGUUUUUCUUUCGUUUUACUAUCGACGAGUGAAACGAAUUGUUCCGCUAUAUUAUUUGAUUAUGUUUUUAAUAGGUUUUUCAAUCAUGUUCGUCUACUCAUCAGUUUGGGCUAAACAGUAUUUUCGUUUCUAUUUUGCAGCCGUCUUUUUCUAUUCGAAUCUCGAGUUGCUCAAAGCAGAGGGGGACUAUUUUUCUGAGAACACGGAAAAACUACCUUUUCUUCACACGUGGUCUCUCGGUGUCGAAAUGCAAUUCUACCUCAUUGCCCCAGUUCUUUACUAUAUUUCAAGGAUAAAGCCUGAUUUGAGAAUUGGUGAAAUGAUUCUCCUUUGUUGUCUUUUCAUCUCUUUGUACUUUCAAUUCAACUCAACGCCAAUCAUUUCAUUCUAUCAUCCAUUUGGGAGAAUUUGGGAGUUUCUCUGUGGAGGACUUGCUUCAUUGUUUACGAUGAAGAAUAGAACAACAUUCACUCAAUUCCAUUCCACUCUUCUCUCGAUCAUCUCACUCAUCAUCACUUUAUCAAUUUUUCUCCCAUUUUUCUCCAAAAUCACUCCACCAAGUCUAUUUCAAAUUGUGAUUACUAUUUCGUCCACUGGAUUCAUCAUUUUCUCCACGAAUUGUACAAUUUCCUGGUCCCGUUUCAACCUCAACUACAUUUCAACCAUCUCCUACGCGCUGUACUUGGUUCAUUUCCCUGUUCUUCGCUUUCUUCAAUAUUUUCAGCAAUAUUAUGAUCAAGAGAUUUACGUUUCCUUGAUUUCUCUGCUAAUCACUUUUCUCAUCAGUAUUCUUUUCCAUCAUUUCUACGAGAAACCCAUGCUUAGAGCGAGGAAAUUCGAUAUUUUGAUUGUUACUCUCAAAUAUUUUGCAUUAUGUUUGUUGAUCGGAUGGAAAUGGGAGAUGGUGGUGAGGCCGGAUUGUGUGCGAAACUCGGCGAUCACCGAGAAUCAGCGCUUCCUCAACUCAACCUACAAAAUCGAGGGCGGACAUUUUGUGGCGGACGGCUUCAUGAAACAACCGAAACCCCCAUUUGGACACUAUGUUUACGAUGGAAACAAAGGUCAUUUGAAGAUUGCGAUUAUUGGCAAUUCGUGGGCUGCACAAGAGGCUCAUCUGGUCCGGGAGUAUUUCACAAGAGAAGAAGUCGCUGAAAUGCAUCUUUUCCCCUACGUUGCUUACACUUUCGGACUUCAUGGCUUCCAGAAAGAAGUACAAGAACAAAUCCCAUUUUUCAUGGAUUUUCUGGAGAAACUACAGCCAGAUUAUGUGUUUCUGCUUGCGAGAUUUGUGUCAGCUGCGGGGGAUCCGGUGGAACGCCGUGAUUUGAGUCCAUUUCAAGGACCGAAUGACCUGGUUCUCGAUGAGUAUUGGAAAGGAAUUAGCAAUAUCAGUUUGUUCACGAAAAAAAUCUUCAUCCAGACGCAUCAACCAUUUGAGUGUCACGGAAAUGAUCAAUCUCUCCUCAAUCGUUUCCUCGACGCAUUGCAGAACAGCAGAGACUUGUCAAAGUUCAAUCGGCACAUAGAUAUCGUCGAAUUUUACAAUAGUCCGGUGUAUAAACGAUUGAGGAUCAUUUUCGAGAAGUGCCCAAAAUGUUAUCCAAUUGAUAUUGCUGAGCCGUUUAUUGAUUUCAAACAAAAUCGUGCAUUGGUUUAUGAUCCAAACACGCAAUUGGUCUAUUUCGAUAACACUUGUCAUCUCACCGAAGCUGGGCUAAAAAUGAUCGAGAAACCUUUUCGACAAUCCAUCACAAAUGGAAUCAACAAUGUUAGGGUUUCGAAUAGAAGAUCUGGU